AGGUCAUAAGGAUGCGCCGCGCUCCUGCAUUGUUGUGAUUCGGCUGAAGAAAGAUGUCGUUUAUUAAAGAGGAGAGUGAAGACGUGAAGAUUGAAGAAACAUUCAGAGUGAAACUUGAAGAAACUGAGGAACAAACAGACCUGAUGCCACUGAAAGAAGAUAGUGAAGUACUGGAAGAGAAAGAUCAACAUGAGAAACAUCAUGAUUUCACAACUGGAGAAAAAACAUUUAUUUGCUCACAGACUGAAGAAUCUUCCUCACAAAAAAGAGCUCAAACAGAAACUAUAAGUUAUUUCACCUGCCAGCAGUGUGGAAAGAGUUUCACUAAAAAAGGAACCCUUAAAGCCCACUUGAACAUUCACACUGGAGAGAAGCCCUUCACCUGCCAACAGUGUGGAAAGAGUUUCACUACAAAAGGAAUCCUUAAAGGCCACAUGACGGUUCACACCGGAGAGAAGCCUUACACCUGCCAACAGUGUGGAACCGGUUUCACUCAAAAAGGAAGCUUUAACAGGCACUUGAGAAUUCACACUGGAGAGAAGCCUUACAUCUGCCAACUGUGUAAUAAGAGCUUCACGACAGAACUAAACCUAAGGUAUCAUAUAAAUAGUCACACUGGAGAGAAGCCGUUCACUUGUGAUCAGUGUGGAAAGAGUUUCAGACACAAAAUAUCCCUUAAUAAGCACAUGAGGACUCACUCAAGUGAGGACUGUUGCAUAUGUCAUCAGUGUGGAAUGAGUUUCACAGACAGAAAUCAUCUUAAGAAUCAUGUAAAAAUUCACACCAGAGAGAAGCCUUGCAUGUGCCAUCACUGUGGAAAGACUUUCUCAAACAAAACAAACCGUGAGGUUCACAUGAGAGUUCACACUGGAGAGAAGCCGUUCACCUGCCCUCAGUGUGGAAAGAGCUUCAGAUUUAAAGGAAACCUUCAGACGCACAUAAGAGUUCACACUGGAGAGAAGCCUUACACGUGUCUUGAGUGUGAGAUGUGUUUCACAUAUCAAAGAGACCUGAAACGUCAUUUGCGAACUCAUUCUGAAAAUACAGUGCAAUGUUCCUCGAUGUGGGAAGAGGUUUAGAAAAAGGAGCAAUUCAUUUGGACAUUCACUCCGGACCAAACAGUUUAAUUUGAAGUGCAAUUUUAUAAAUGUAAUCAAUUUUCUUUUGCUGUCACACUUCAGAAUCAGAAAGAGCUUUAUUGCCAAGCAUGUUUACACAUACGAGGAAUUUGUCUUGGGGACAGGAGCUUCUAGUGUAGAAGAAAGUACAGACAUGGUGCAGACAUACAUGGGAAUUACACAGUAGAAAUUAAAUAUAACAAUAAUAGAAGAAACAAAAAUUUUAAAUAAUGUGAUAUAAUACAGUAGUAGAAAUAUAGAGAAAAAAACGUUUUAAUGAAUGAACAGAUGUGACUUGCAAGCGUACAGUUUAUGUAAUUUACAAAUGUUCAAUUUUUAGUUUCAGUAUUAGUUUUUAAUUGUUCAGGCUAAAUAUAGCCUGCGGGAAAAAACUUGUGCCUUGCUGUUCCUGGCUGAUUUUCUCAUUCUGAAGGUGUAAAGAUCUUGGAGGGUAGGCAGUGGAGAACCAAUAAUCUUCUCAGCCGUCCUGAAUGUACGUUGUAGUCUCCUGAUGUCUGAUUUGGUAGCUGAACCAAACCAGACGGUUAUAGAUGAACAGACUCGAUGAUGGCCAAGUAAAACUCUGGAGCUGAAAUAGUUUCAGCAACACAUACAGAUAAGUGAAAAAUCAUGCAGAUGUGAGACACUAUUUUUGUUAUUGUGGAGUUUUAAAUGGCUUGACAAUUUAAAAUGGCACAAGACAAUAUAUAUAUAUAUAUGUGUGUCAAAUAAAGGCUAUAUUCACA